CACUGCGAGGACACCCGGCUGCACGACGCGGCCUACGUGGGGGACCUGCCCACCCUCAAGAGCUUGCUGCAAGAGGAGAGCUUCCAAAGCCGGAUCAACGAGAAGUCGGUGUGGUGCUGCGGCUGGCUGCCCUGCACGCCACUGCGCAUCGCCGCCACCGCCGGCCACGGCCCCUGCGUCGACUUCCUCCUGCGCAAAGGGGCUGAGAUUGACUUGGUGGAUGUGAAGGGGCAGACCGCCCUCUACGUGGCCGUGGUCAACGGGCACCUUGAGUGUGCCAAGAUCCUCCUGGAAGCUGGGGCUGACCCCAACGGCAGCCGGCACCACCGCAGCACCCCUGUCUACCAUGCGGCACGCGUGGGCCGGGCAGACAUCCUCCGGGAGCUGAUCAGGUGA